AUGUUGAACAACGACGGAGAAAAGCCCAGAGCUAAGAAGACACCCUCCAAGACGACGACGACCAUAGCAACAACAGCAAAACCACCAUCUUCACCCCCGCUGUCGCCCAACUACGGCUUCCCACCCGAAGCGUUUGACGUCUCGCGCCUCCUCGACGGCGACCGCGAAUUCAUUUCGCCCGACGACAUUGCUGCGUUUGAGACGGCGCUGCAAGCACCCGACCACAGCGCCGCGCAAAACCCAGCGCAGAACCCACAGCACGACGGGCUGCGCUCGCCCAAGAGCCCCGGCUCCUUUAGCAUUACGCGGCGCGACUCGCAAAGCCUGAGCGCGGGCGGAGGCCUUGAGGAUGAUAGCGGCAGUGGCAGCAGUGCGCUGGCGACGGCAGCAGCCGCCGCCGCGGCGAAUGGCGACUUCAAGAAUGACGUGACAGUCAGCGGCGCGCGAGCGUCGUCGCCGGCGCCGGGCGACCAUGGCACAUUUGUGACGGCACAGAAUGACUGGGCACCCAUCAGCUCGCGGUUCUACCGCAGGAGCAAGCGCAAGCCGACGACGACGGGAGCGGCGGCGGCGUCCAAGAAGAAGCGCAGGCGGGCGAAACGCGCCGUUGAGGGCCUACUGGGCACGCGCAGCAAGGACGAGACGCGUGACGGGUACCUAUACCUGCUGGCCAAGUGGCCGUUGCUGCUGUUUGUCUUUGGCUGGCUGCUCGUGUUGAGCGUCUUGUACCUGCUCACGCGCUUCUACAUUGUCGUGUACGAGCAGUUCUUCACGUGGCGGGGGCGGCGCGCGGGCCUGCGGCGGGAGCUGCGCAAAGCGACGACAUACCGCGAGUGGGUGCGGGCGGCGCGCGCGCUGGACGCCUUCCUGGGCCGAGACACGUGGCGCGAGGAGAAUGACUUUGCGUAUUAUGACAGCAAGACGGUUAAGCGCGUCUGGGAUCAGAUGAAGAAGACAAGGGCCAAGGCAGAAGCGGAGGAGAAGGAUACGGUGGCGGCGGCGGCGGGCAGGACGGGUAAAGGAGGUGGUGAGGGGAUCAGAGCGGUGGAGGAGCUCAAGGCGCUCACGGAGGCGUGUGUCAAGAAUAAUUUUGUGGGCAUUGACAAUCCAAAGUUGUACAGCCAGACAUAUUACGGAACAAAGAAUCUGGUGCAAAAUUUCAUCGACGAGGUGGAGAGAAGUCUCAAGUUUUUACUCAAAACGAAACAACUCGCGCUGGAAGAAAAGAGAGUCCUCUUCAAGCACAUUCAGGCCAAUUUUGGAAGGACGGCGCUCUGCCUAUCCGGCGGUGCGAGCUUUGCAUACUACCACUUCGGUCUCGUUCGAGCGCUGCUGGAUGCAGACCUGCUUCCCGACGUCAUCACGGGCACGAGCGGCGGCGCCCUUAUUGCCGGCCUCGUGGCCACGCGAACAAAUGAGGAGCUGAAGCAGCUGCUCGUGCCGGCACUGUCCUCGCAGAUCAACGCCUGCUCCGAGGGCAUUGCGACAUGGUUCCCGCGCUGGUGGAAGACGGGGGCGCGGUUCGACUCGGUGCAGUGGGCGAGGCAGUGCAGCUGGUGGACGCGGGGGUCCCUGACGUUUCGCGAGGCGUACGAGCGAACGGGACGCAUCCUCAACGUGAGCUGCGUGCCGGCGGACCCUCAUUCGCCGACGAUUCUGUGCAACUACCUGACGAGCCCCGACUGUGUCAUCUGGUCGGCGGUGCUGGCGUCGGCGGCAGUACCGGGGAUUCUGAACCCGGUGGUGCUCAUGAUGAAGAAGGCAGACGGGACGCUGGCGCCGUACUCGUUUGGGCACAAGUGGAAGGACGGCAGCCUGCGGACCGACAUUCCCAUCAAGGCGCUCAAUACGCAUUUCAACGUCAACUUUACCAUUGUCAGCCAGGUGAAUCCGCACGUCAAUCUGUUCUUCUUCUCGUCGCGCGGCAGCGUGGGCCACCCGGUGACGCACCGCAAAGGGCGCGGCUGGCGCGGCGGGUUCCUCAUGUCGGCGACGGAGCACUACCUCAAGCUCGACAUGAACAAGUGGCUGCGGUUCAUCCGGCACGCGGAGCUGCUGCCGCGGCCGCUGGGCCAGGACUGGAGCCAGCUGUGGCUGCAGCAGUUUAGCGGCACCGUCACCAUCUGGCCGGCGGCGGUGGCGGCGGAUUUCUGGCACAUCCUCUCGGACCCGGACCCGGCGCGGCUGGCGCGCAUGCUGCACGAGGGCCGGCAGGGCGCGUUCCCGGCGCUGCUGUUUGUGGGCAACCGGCUCAAGGUCGAGCGGCUGAUUGAUCAGGGCCGCACAGAGUCGAGGCCGUGGGUGCGCAGGGGCAGCCUGGAGAGGAUCCUGAGCGAGGAUGACUUGCGGAGCAUCUUGGUCGGCGAGAUGAUGACGUCGGGCGGCGCGGGAGGCACGACGGAGGAGGAGACGACGGAUUUGGAGGAGGAGGUUCUUGUGGAGGACGACGACAAGGCAGAGGAUGAUGGGGGACUGUUUGUUAAACGAAGAGGUUGA